CGUCCGCUGGCUAACUAUCUUCUCAUCAACGCGGGGUAAGCGCGGGGCUUAAGUAUGGAAUUUGGAAUGGCUCAAGUUAACGCAUUAUCCAAGCCACAAGCGAGCGCCUCCAGGUCCAAAUGACUAGCCAGGGAUUAAUACGCGCUGCUGAUAUGCCUGGAGGCCUGCGUACUCCUCGUUGCAGAGAAGGUAGCAUCGGUUAAGAGAUGAUGCGAUGAUCGCCGUUCUACCGAGCCUCCACGAGCCUGCGCCGCGAUAUCUCCGCGCGUCGGAUUUCUCUCUUUGGAGUUGGCAACAUAAGCUACGAGCUGUAGAAGCAGUCAUCUUAAUUUAAUUAUUUCCUGUAGAUUUUGCAGUCGAACACAAGCAUUGACAACUCAGCAUGGCCACUGUGGAAGAUUUAUCCUCGAUCCCGUCUCUGCCUCUAUUUGCUGCGGCAGAAAAGCUGGCAAAGGAGAGUCCCGACAAGAUCGCGAUUAUCGACAAGGCCAAGGGUGAAAGCUUCACGUACCGCCAGCUACUGGCAGACACAGCGGGAUUGAAGAAGCUCAUCUUGGAAAAAUUGGACCUCCAGUCUUCUGGCGAUUUGGAAGAGCGCAGGAUUGCUUUCCUCGUUCCCAAUGGCUAUGAUUACGUCGUCACCCAAUGGGCAGUAUGGGCCGCAGGGGGCAUCAGCGUGCCAUUGUGCACCUCGCACCCGGUCAAGGAAUGGCUAUAUACCAUAGGAGAUUCGGAUCCGUCGUUGAUUAUCACCCAUCCUUCCUUUGAAAAGGCCGCAGCGGCCCUCCAAGAAGAGGUAAAGAAUAUCGCAUUCAUAACCCUGACUCCUUUCUCGGCAGCGAAUGCUACCACCGUCUCGUUGCCAUCAUUGAAGCCUUCGCUGCCAUUAUCCAGAAGAGCGUUGAUGAUCUACACGUCUGGCACGACAUCGAGACCGAAAGGUUGUAUCACCACGCACAAGAACGUCACCUUCCAGGCAGAUUCCCUCGUUAAGGCGUGGAAAUACACUUCUGAAGACCAACUAAUCCAUGUGCUUCCGCUUCACCACGUCCAUGGCAUCGUUAACGGCCUCGUGGCCAGUUUUCUCAGCGGCGCAACAGUUGAGAUGUACCCUAAGUUUGAUGCCGCAACGAUCUGGAAGCGCUGGCAGGAGAAAGGAUCGACGAUGUUCUUCGGAGUCCCUACUAUUUAUUCUAGACUGAUCGAACAUUUUGACACCCAUAUCAGGGGUACAGAAGCAGAAUCCACCGCUCGUGAAGGCGCCAAAGCCUUGCGCCUGCUCGUCAGCGGCUCUGCAGCCCUGCCCACCCCGACGAAGGCCAGGUUCGCCGAGAUUACAGGCCAGGUACUUCUGGAGCGUUACGGUAUGACUGAGAUCGGAAUGGCCAUCAGCUGCGGGCUAGAAAUCGACUCGAGAAUCGAUGGCAGUGUUGGCUGGCCUCUUCCGGGCGUCCAGAUCAGGUUGACAGACAAGGAAACGGGCGAAGUAAUCGAGGGUACCGACAAGGACGGCAUGAUUGAGGUCAAGGGGGAUAAUGUCUUUCUCGAAUACUGGCGACGGCCCGAAGCUACGUCCAAGGAGUUCAGCUCUGAUGGAUGGUUCAAGACAGGUGACGUCGCACGAAGAGAUGAACGCGGAGCAUACUUCAUCCAGGGCCGUGCGUCCGUGGAUAUUAUUAAAUCCGGAGGGUAUAAGAUCUCCGCCUUGGAAGUUGAACGUGAAAUGCUCAGUUUGGACUCGAUUCUCGAAGUUGCCGUUGUCGGGCUUCCAGAUGAGGAAUGGGGCCAGCGCGUGGCCGCUGUCGUAAAGCAGAAGCCAGGGACUCCACCUCUUGAACUGGAACCGCUGCGAGCCGAGCUGAAGAAGGAGAUGGCGCCAUACAAGAUUCCUACUGUCCUCAAGCUUGUCGACAAUAUCGAACGCAACGCAAUGGGUAAGGUCAACAAGAAGGACAUCCUGAAGAAGUAUUGGCCAGAGAAGGCUUGA